GGAGAGCGAAAGAGCGGUGUGAUAAAGCUCUCCAAGUUUGACACCUCCUGCAGACUAAAAGACGUCCAAACGCUGUGAUGGAUUCCAGUGGACUUUUAUUUACAGGAUUUUAUCUCUGGGCGACUUUGUGCUGUCAAGGCUGCCAGGGAGGUGUGUAUCAGAGGAAGUUGUACCAGGACCUGAUGGUCAACUACAAUCGUCUGGAGAGACCGGUCCAGAACGACUCCGCGCCCAUCCUGGUUGAACUUGGUUUCACGUUGCUCCAGAUCAUCGAUGUGGACGAGAAGAACCAAGUUUUGAUCACCAAUGCUUGGCUGCAGCUGCACUGGACAGAUAUCUACCUCACAUGGGACCAAGACAGCUACCCUGGUGUUCAAAACCUGCGAUUCCCUUCCAAUCUGAUAUGGGUGCCAGAUAUCCUGCUCUACAACAGUGCUGAUGAGAGGUUUGAUGCAACCUUCCAUACAAAUGUGCUGGUCAACGCCACAGGAGCCUGCCAGUAUAUCCCACCAGGCAUCUUGAAGAGUACAUGCUACAUCGAUGUGCGCUGGUUCCCAUUUGACGUGCAGAAGUGUGACCUGAAGUUUGGAUCCUGGACACACAACGGCUGGCUGCUGGACCUCCAAAUGAUGGAUGUGGACAUUUCCACCUACAUACCCAAUGGCGAGUGGGACCUUGUUGGUGUGCCGGUCAAACGUAACGAGCUGUAUUACGACUGUUGCAAAGAACCCUACCCUGAUGUGACGUUCACUGUCACCAUGCGCCGUAGGACACUUUACUACGGCCUCAACUUGCUCAUACCCUGUGUGCUCAUCUCUGGUCUGGCCCUGCUGGUCUUCCUGCUGCCUGCAGACUCUGGAGAGAAGAUCUCGCUUGGCAUCACCGUGCUGCUGUCUCUGACUGUCUUCAUGUUGCUGGUAGCAGAGAUCAUGCCUGCCACCUCAGACUCUGUUCCUCUUAUUGCUCAGUACUUUGCCAGUACAAUGAUGAUCGUGGGUUUAUCCGUGGUCGUGACGGUCCUCGUUCUACAGUUCCACCACCAUGACCCUCAAGGAGGCAAAAUGCCCAAAUGGGUUCGAGUCAUUCUCCUCAACUGGUGUGCUUGGUUCCUGCGCAUGAAAAAGCCUGGGAAGGACGUCAAAAGAACAGCUCAAUCCAGCAGUUGCUCAGCAUACAAGUACCCCCACAACUCCCCACACCAUCACAGCAGCAACAGCAUGCAGAUGAGCGCCACAGCCGGCCAGGCGUCCACUCAGUCCACCCUUAAUGGGAACAUGAAGCUGUACCUGGGAUACAUGGGAACAGACAACCCUUCUUUCCCACCCGCCACCGAUUCGGGUGUGCUGAUGUGUGGCGGCGGAGGCGGCGAUAGAUCUGCUUGUUUGUCCCCUGGUGACUCGGACCAAACGCGGACUUUGUUGCACGAGAGACUCCCGGAAAUUUCCCAGAUCCUAGAGGAAGUGCAGUACAUCGCCAGGCGCUUCCGAGAGCAGGACGAGGGAGAGGCCAUCUGUAGCGAGUGGAAGUUCGCAGCCGCGGUGGUUGAUCGUUUAUGCCUUGUGGCUUUUUCACUCUUCUCUAUCAUUUGCACCUUCACCAUCCUGAUGUCUGCUCCCAACUUCAUCGAGGCCGUGUCCAAAGACUUCACAUGAAGCAGACGAUCGUCAUCUCAUGUUGAACGUUCAGGCCGUAUGACUGAAGCCCUGCCAGAUCUCUUCCUACUUCACAUUCAAUCAAUCGAUCAAAGUUUAUUUAUACAGCCAUAAUCACAAGUGUCUCAAAGGGCUGCACAAGCCAGAACAACGACAUCCUCUGCUCAGAUCCUUGCCUGUGGAUGUUCUCGUUCAUCAGGUCGUCGCAUUCUCCCUGCAUUGAGUCGAUCACAACUGGACUGUUCUGUUUGUCUUAGAAGAUGUUUCACCUCUCACCUGAGCAGACUUCAUCAGUUCAUGCUCAUGACUUAAAUUGGUCAGAUCCAGUGUCAGGACCCAAAGUCUUUAUCCUCAAGCAGGAGGAGGGGUACAUGCCCAGGCAAGAAAAGGUUUGUGGUCUAAAAUGUUGUAGCUAAGAUACAGAGAAGUGACACUUCUGUCAGCACAACAGCAGUCAUUAAAAGGCAUUCCUCCUACUUAUUAUUGUUUGGAAAAACAAUCACGGUUAAGAGACCUCAACCAGCACAACAACAGUUGUUGGAAUGCAAUCACUGUCUUUAGCAUUCUAUGUAUUAUUAGCACAAAAGGAGCAUCAGGAAAUGGAAUGUUCCUAACACCUGCUUUUUGUUGGAUGCUAAAUUUUAGUCUGUUAGGAAUAGUUGAACGGGCAGUGUUGUAUGUGGGAGACAGCUUGUGUAACAGACCACCCCCUCUGUUUAGUGGUGGUUUUUUAACCUUGACAUAGAUGGCUUCAAUCACUCCCCUUUCAAAUUCUCUGUCCAGAAUCUUUAAAUGUUUUUGCGCUUUCUUCUUUCUUUUCUUCAAAUUAUUUAAAUUAAAGGUGCCAUAUGUAGACAUUUCGUGUCAACUCAUCAUUAAAUUAACCUGACUCUCGCCAGACCCUUGUAGUUGGCUGAGCUCCACACAACGGUCUGGGCUUGAAGGCAUUGCAAACUCCUUCAACAACAAAUAACGAACCAAUCAGGAUCGCCGGGCAGGAUUUCAUAGAUUUGACGUAGCGCCGAAGCGACUGUUUGAUUCAAACAACUAUGGCGGCACAAAGCCCUCGCUGCGUCGUGUGCUGACAUUGAUUCUGCUAUUGCAACAGUUUUGUCGAAUCAAUCAAAUAUUAAUUCUUUAAAAGAUGAACAGAGAAUGUUUUUGAAAGCAUUUACUAGUGGCAAAGAUGUUUUUGCUCUUCUUCCGAUUGGGUUUGGAUUUCCCACGAUCUCAUCAGUGUCACGGGUUGAUUUUGAAGUGAGUGGUUGAAGUAGCACGUCAUUCAAGAUAUUGGACAUACAGUGAUUUUUUUUUACAAGAUCCCGCCUUCUAAAAUACAUCUAUUGAGAACUCCAGAUUCUUGUGUGGAGCUCAGCGAAAGACAAGGAUCUGGCGAGAGUCAAGUUAUCAUUAAAUGGCCCCGAUAUGUCAAAAGGCGUUAAUAAAUCAUGUUCUUUUUGAAUACCGGUAUAACUGAUAACAGUAGUUCAGCCGGGAUAUGCUCAUUUCAAAAUUAUAUUUGCAGCCCCGAAAUCUUGUUAUUGGUUUAAUUUCGAUGCCCCGCCCUCGUCCGUUUCACCAAUUAGAAAGUUUGUGAGUGUGUCCCAUUCAGGUUGCCAGUUACGCACCGCCAACUUCGUCUGGCUACUGCCACUGGUAAAGUUACUAAACAUGUCUGACCUUAGUAAAUCUAAAAGGCGUCAUUACGAUUCUCAACUUACUCAUGACGAAACAAGGAUUUGUAUCGGGGAUGCCUUUGAAAGAUGGAGACGAAUGAAGGAUUUUUUUCACUUAAACUUAGAAUUCCUUUUUACAGUAAUUCAAAUUUUGAAAUUUAUAGUACAGAUAAGAAGAACAUUUUGUUGCAUUAGCUUAUGGUAGUGCAGGAUAAAAAAGCAAUAACGUGCAGAUAUAAAUAAAUAGAUUACUGUACAGAUAAAUAUAUUGCACUUUUUCAUAUACAUCCACAUUUAUGGAUUGUAUGUUAUAUUGUCUUUCUUAUUCCAGCGAGUUAAUUCAUUUUGGGGGGUAUUGAAGGGAUAAUUAUGAUGUGUUCAAGAGUCUUACGGCCAAAGGGAAGAAGCUGUCACAAAACCUGGUGGUUCUACUUCGGAGGCUGCGGGACCUCUUUCUAGAGUCCAGCAGUGAAAACAGUCCUUGGUAGGGGUGGGAGAAGGUUUGCAGAUUUUCUGAGCCCUGGUCAGGCAGUGGCUUUUUGCGAUCUCCUGGAUAGGAGGAAGAGGAGUCCUGACGAUCUUUUCUAACGUCCUCACCACUCUCUGGACAGACUUCCUGUCUGAGGCACUGCAGGCUUCAGUCCAGACAGAGAUACUGUUGGUCGAUAGGCUCUCUAUAGUGCCUCUGUAGAAUGUGGUGAGAAUGGAGGGAUAUGCGAUAUAUGAUAUAUUAUAUAAGUGUAAUAAUACAUAUAAUUAUUUAAUUUAUAUAAGUGUAAUUAUACAUAUAAUUAUUUCGAUGGUGGUCCGUGCUGUCAAACUAGACAUUUUAGCAGGUUAAUGCCAAUAACAAUGAAAAUAUUGCUGCGUAACUUUACAAAAAAUUUGGCUAAUCGACAUCAGUAAAAUGUGGCAUAAUUACUUGGUAAACCAUCUUGCAAGAAACACGAACAAGAGAAACCUAGAGUGUAAGACUCAUUGAUUGCCAUUUGAAGUUCCUUGGAGUAGGAUUCUGAUUCGGCUGCGUAUCUGGCAAACUCAGUCAGGGGUAGUGGGAGGGGACUACAGAAUUUUGACCGUGAUCGCAGUACCAUUUCUGACUACAUAUGGCACCUUUAACUUUAUUCACCGGGCAAAGUCCUACUGGGAUUAAAUAUCCAUUUGUUUUCCUUGCCCAUUUGGUUCUUGUUCUUUCUAGAUUUGGAUGGAGUUUUUUUUUUUAUUUACUAAUAAAACUGCUUAGAUUUAAGAAACCUAUUCUCAAACAACCUGAAUAGUCCAGUAGGGAUCGACUGAAUCUUUUCGCACAAUUUUCCUUUACAGUCCUACCUCGGUUUUUCUUCUGAAUAGGUUCCAAAAAAAGUCAGUUGAAAACCAAAUUGUGUAAAGACUAAAAACAUUCUUUUUUUUCUUUUUUUUUACACAAGGAAUAAUGUAAAUCUAAUUAAUUUGGUAAAUAACAAGUAAUGUAAAUAUGAACACAAAUAAUGUAGUUUCUUCCAUCAGAAGGUUGGUUAAGAACGGAGUAAGAAGCAAAGAGUCAAGAUAGGCAAACACACGUCUGCUGCCUGAUAGUGUUACCAUGUUUAAGUUUUUGUAAAGAAAUAAGGAGAAACAACUACAAAAGUACACUUCAUUCACUGACUGCAUUAUAACAAAGAUCAGUUAGUAUAAUACAUAAAGUUGGAUACAGGAAACAUACAAACACUUAGUUUUUUUAAUCAAAAUGAUUGAAAUUCAAUUAUUGGUGCAUUUGCAAACAGUUAAAGUUAUGCACCAGACAAACUAUAAACUAAUACUCAAAAACAAUUCUUAUGAACAAAUUAACUCACAACCCAAAUAUUUUACAAAGCACUAAAAUAAGAAUACUGAUAAAAAUCUUGAACCAUAUUUAAAAAAAAAAAAAGUGAUUCAUGUAAUAAUGUGAAUCAGUUUACUUAACUAUUUAUUCAGUACAACUUAACUGACUUAUUUAUUUAUGUUACAGAUUAGCUUGGCUUUUUCAUACUUCUUUUUGAAAAGGAUGUAAUGAGAAAUUGGAAAUGUGUGAUGAACCAUAUUGUAACUGUAUGCAUGUUUAAAAUAAACUGACAUCAUUACCAAGAUAUGAGGAGGAGGAUUAACAAUUAUGAUGCUCAGUGAAGCCCAAAGACAUGUGACUUCGAAUAUACAGGCCAGAGUCUAUAGCAAAACAACUAAUAUAUAAUAAACUACAAACCCCGUUUCCAUAGGAGUUGGGAAAUUGUGUUAGAUGUAAAUAUAAACGGAAAACAAUGAUUUAAAAAUCCCUUUCAACCCAUAUUCAAUUGAAUGCACUACAAAGACAAGAUAUUUGAUGUUCAAACUCAUAAAGUUUAUUUUUUUUGCAAAUAAUAGUUAACUUAGAAUUUCAUGACUGCAACACGUGCCAAAGUAGUUGCGAAAGGGCAUGUUCACCACUGUGUUACAUCAACUUUUCUUUUAACAACACUCAAUAAACGUUUGGGAACUGAGGAAACUAAUUGAUGAAGCUUUGAAAGAGGAAUUAUUUACCAUGUGUGCUUGAUGUACAGCUUAAGUUCUUACUCUUCAUAAUGCGCCACACAUUUUUGAUGGGAGACAUGUCUGGACUGCAGGCGGGCCAGGAAAGUACCCGCACUCUUUGACUACGAAGCCGCACUUUUGUAACACGUGGCUUGGCAUUGUUUUGCUGAAAUAAUGAUAAUGUUGCCUGGAUGACAACAUAUUCAAAAUUAAUGGUGCCUUCACAGAUGUGUAAGUUACCCAUGCCUUGGGCACUAAUACACCCCCAUACCAUCACAGAUGCUGGCUUUUGAACUUUGCGCCUAUAACAAUCCGGAUGGUUAUUUUCCUCUUUGUUCCAGAGGACACCACGUCAACAGUUUCCAAAUAUAAUUUGAAAUGUGGACUCGUCAGACCACAGAACACUUUUCCACUUUGCAUCAGUCCAUCUUAGAUGAGCUUGGGCCCAGCCAAGCCUGCGGCAUUUCAGGAUAUUGUUGAUAAAUGGGUUUGGCUUUGCAUAGUAGAGUUUUAACUUGCACUUACAGAUGUAGCGACCAACUGUAGUUACUGACAGUGGUUUGAUUAAGUGUUCCUGAGCCCAUGUGGUGAUAUCCUUUACACACUGAUGUCAGUUUUUGAUGCAGUACCGCCUGCGGGAUCAAAGGUCCGUAAUAUCAUCGCUUACGUGCAGUGAUUUCUCCAGAUUCUCUGAACCUUUUGAUGAUUUUACGGACCGUAGAUGGUAAAAUCCCAAAAUUCUUUGCAAUGGCUUCUUGAGAAAUGUUGUUCUAAAACUGUUUGACAAUUUGUUUACAAAGUGGUGACCCUAGCCCCAUCCUUUUUUGUAAAUCACUUAGCAUUUCAUGGAAGCUGCUUUUAUACCCAAUCAUGGCACCCACCUGUUCCCAAUUAGCCUGCACACCUGUAGGAUGUUCCAAAUAAGUGUUUGAUGAGCAUUCGUAAACUUUAUCUGUAUUUAUUGCCACCUUUCCCAACUUCUUGGUCAUGUGUUCCUGGCAUCAAAUUCUAAAGUUAAUGAUUAUUUGCAAAAAAUAAAUCAGUUUAUUAUAUGUUAAUAUGUUGUCUUUGUAGCAUAUUCAACUGAA